AUGAUUCUGCUAAAUACAACCGCCACGUUAUACAAUGCCUCCGAAUGCGGUGUAACAAGCACUUGCGGUGGAGAGUCCAAUUCCACUUACGUCACCACACCAAACUUUCCAGUGGCAAAUUACGACCCCAGCACUGAUUGUUACUACACCAUUAAACCUGCUGAACCCGGAAUGGGCGUGGCACUUGCUUUCGUAUCAUUUCGAGUGACUUCAAGCGACAACUGUUCGGGAGAUUACGUACAGUAUGUGGUGAUCAUCACAUUAAAAAAAGAAAUAAUUUUCCAACAGAUAAGGUCUUCAACUGGUGACGUUCUAUCCCACACUUGUGGAAACAGUAUACCGACCCCAGUGUCUGACCGAAAAGGUUUGUGGAUUCAUUUUCAUGCGGAUGAUUCCGGUGGUGAUGCCGGGUUCAUGGCUAUAUACUGCAACACAAUUGAGGAGUGCGCACGACAAACUGACUUUCUCGUCACAAGUUCGUGUGGGGAAGUUUUCGAUUCCGGCGUCAUCACCAGUCCUAGCUACCCGCUGCAGUAUGUCGACAAUACUGACUGCUACUACACCAUUACACCCCUGUUGCCGGGAGGGGGCGUGGCACUCGCUUUUGUUACGUUUGAUUUAGAAAACGAUGACAGUUGUGGUUAUGACUAUGUUCAGAUUAGAAGCGAGUCAGCAUCAGGGAAUGAAUUGUUAAAGAGAUGUGGUUCGAAUGUACCUAGUCCAGUCUAUGACCCAAAUGGCAUGUGGAUCCACUUCCACACAGAUGGCGGGGUGGUCGGUAAUGGAUUUCUGGCCAUAUACUGUAACUCCAGUGAAGAGUGCCAAGAAUUGAUAGAUAACCCAUGCGGAGAGUCCACUUUUCUUAAUAGCAGUGGAGAAAUCACGUCACCUUUUUAUCCUUAUGGAUACACAUAUAACACUAACUGCAAGUACAAUAUAGCGCCCUAUAACCCAGAAUCAUGUGUGACCUUGACCUUUAUUGACGAGUUUGAUAUCGAUGCUGCCUGUAAUGACUAUGUUGAGGUAAUCAACCCAGUCACCAUGGAAACCCUUAUUCCAAGGACCUGCGGUAGUAACGCGCCCAGUGUUGCAGUACAUGCGGGUUUUCUGGAGGUCCGCUUCCAUUCUGAUUCUACAAAUAUAGGGAAGGGAUUCAAAGCAGUGUACAACGAAUGCGGUGUAACAAGCACUUGCGGUGGAGAGUCCAAUUCCACUUACGUCACCACACCAAACUUUCCAGUGGCAAAUUACGACCCCAGCACUGAUUGUUACUACACCAUUAAACCUGCUGAACCCGGAAUGGGCGUGGCACUUGCUUUCGUAUCAUUUCGAGUGACUUCAAGUGAUAACUGCGCUGGAGAUUACGUGCAGAUAAGGUCAUCAAACGGCGAUGUUUUAUCUCACAAUUGUGGAAACAAUAUACCAGACCUAGUGUUUGACCCAAAUAGCUUGUGGGUCCAUUUCCAUGCGGAUGGUUCCGAUGGCGAUGAUGGCUUUAUGGCCAUAUACUGUAACUCUAACCCAUGUGGUAAUACAAGUUUUAUUGGUGGUACUGGAGAAAUCAUGUCACCUUUUUAUCCUUUUGCUUACACCGACAAGACACAUUGCAAUUACGUUAUAUCAGCUGCAGUCCCAGGCGCAUGUAUGACCUUGACCUUCACAGGCGAGUUUGACCUCGAGGCUGACUGUGAUGACUAUGUAGAGGUUUUAAAUUUGAUUACCUUGGAAACUCUGGUACCCCGUUCUUGUGGAGCCAUUGCCCCAAGCGUCCAGGCCAAGGCCUCAAAGCUGUUGUUAAGAUUCCAUUCUAAUCCAAAAAAUAAAGGAAAGGGGUUUAAGGCAGUCUAUAAUGAAUCUGCAGAAAACUGUACCGUGACAGAAAACCCGUGUGGGAAUACUAAUAUAAGUGCCGGAUAUGGAGAAAUCACAUCGCCAUAUUAUCCUUACGGGUACAUAGAUAACAUAGAUUGUGAAUAUACUAUCGUUCCUGAAACACCGGAUCAUUCCUAUGUCAGGUUAAAUUUUGUAGAGGUGUUCGAAUUUGACGCUGAGUGCAACGAUUUUGUCGAGGUCUUUGAUCUGGUGUCUAUGGAGCCUCUGCAUCCGCGCUUCUGUGGAUCAACAAGGCCUAGUAUAGAAAUCCAGUCCCCUAGCUUGCUGGUGCGGUUCCACUCUGACUCAGAUACAAGGAGAGUUGGAUUCAAGGCCAUUUACAAUGUCUGUGAGUAUGAUUUUGAUGGCAAUGUUUCAACUUCUACAGUAUAG